UGAUCUGUGGGGUAAACUGCUGUCAGCUGUUAACGACUGUCAAGUUUUGUCUAAAAUUUUUAAACAUAACAAUACUUCUUUAUUUGAAUUUUGAACUCAAAUAUAAUAUAUAUUUUACAAAGAAGGGUAGUGUAACGAUCACAGCCACAUUAAUAAAUAAUACUGAUUCGUGGCUCUCAACGCCAACGCAAAUGUUUGUAAUGAUAUUUUGUUAAUAGUUGGUUUAUUAUAGUUUCAAUUGUUCCUAUUUUUUUCUUAAAAAUAGUCUUCGUAAUUUAUUGAAAUCUAUUAAUAAAUAAGUAUUUACUGAAAUCUGCGCUGAAUUAUAUAUGUAAUAUUUAGUGUGGAAGACCUAAACUUUAAAAUGCAGCCCCCUACCAAGUAUAAUAUAAGUUGUGAUUCUUAUAAAAAAAAUAUGUGUAAUGGCUUUUCUGAUUUACAACAGAGAGAAGAAUUUGUGGAUAUGACCUUGGCUGCCGAGGGCCAUUUUGUGAAAGUACACAAGAAUUUAAUUGCCCUUGCUAGUCCUUUCCUGAAAGAAAUUUUGAAGUCAGCUCCAUGUCAACAUCCAAUUAUAUUUUUAACACACAUUAGUCAAAAAACUUUAAGUUAUCUUUUAGAGUAUAUCUAUACUGGAGAAGUACAAGUACCAAUGGAGAAUAUGAAUUCAUUUAUAGAAGCAUGCAAAUAUUUGCAUCUAGCUGGAGUAGAAGAUUUAAUACAUACACAGACCCAAUUUUCAUCGACUAAUGUGUUACAACCUACUACAUCAGAAAAACCUGAAGAAAAUGAAGAUAAUUAUUAUGCAGCACAUAUCACAAUCAAUGAUAUAAAUGAAUUAGAUGUACACCAUUUUGGAAAUGAACAGUUAGUUCAUAAUAGAAACAAAAGUAUGAACCAAGUAACCACUGAAAGAUGUGGUAUUGACAGUAGUACUGUCAGUCAUACCAUAGGAACUCUAGUGAAUUCUGAUUAUGAAGUUGUAGAUACUGCUAAUAAUUUAGAAAUACCUCAAAGUGCUAGUCUAAUCGAUGACUCCCACUUGAAUUUCAAUAACAGUAUUUGUACAAACCAAUCUGAAGGACAAAUGAGUGUUGAAGGUAUUUCAAUAUUUGUAUUGAAUCACUACUUUGAUUUUUAUGUCACCAUAAUUUGGCUUAGAACCAAAUACACUGAAUGGAAUGUGGUUAAUUCUAUAUUUAUUGCAGAUACCAUGAGACCACGCUACACUGUAUCAAACAGGGGUUCAUUGCAAUUAAUAUUUAAUGAUUUCAUGUAUUCUAAUCAUCACACUGCUAAUGGAGGACGUAAACGUCGCUGGAGAUGUAUUGACUACCGUAGUAUACAAUGUCCUGCUUUUAUAGAUACAGAUGGUGAAACAAUAGUGAACAGAGAGUGUCUACACCUCCACCCAUCCCACGAAACUAAGAUAAUGAAUAAAGUUCAACAAAAUUUAGUAUACACUUCAAUAACAAUGGCUACAAAAGAAUCUAUAAACAAUAGAGAAAGAGAUACCUACAUCACCUUUUCUAUUACUUCACCUUAGAUAAAAAAUAGUUUUGUUAUAGUGAUAUAAAUCAAGUUUAAGUUUAAGUUUAAGUUUAUUAACAAUAGAAGUUAAUAUAUUAU